UAUAGAUGCAUAACUUUGUAUGUAUAUGUUUGCCUAUCCUGUGUUACAGCAUGCAGACUCACACUUAUAUUCAUUAACCUCUGUUGCAGAUGACCACCUGUGGAAGCGGUUCAGCGGCUCCUCAGAAUUUAUUAAUCAAACUUUCCAUGAGCUACAUGGGAGCAUUGAUGCUGCUUUCAGGAUGCACCACAAAGUAAAACUUGAAGACCAUGACUGGGUAUUCAUCUUCAAGGGUGACCAUGUCUGGAGUUUCUACAGCCACACACUAGAAGACGGCUUUCCCAAACUCAUCAACAAUGAGUUCCCAGGAAUCCCAUCUGAAUUGGAUGCUGCUGUGGAAUGCCCCUCUGGAGAGUGCAAAACAGACUCUGUUCUCUUCUUUAAGGGAUCCCAUGUAUACCACUAUGACCUGAUAACUCAUUCGGUGAAAGAGAAGGACUGGCCAGAAGUUAUGAACUGCACUUCUGCAUACCGGUGGCUGGAGCGCUAUUUCUGUUUCUGGGGCACAAAGUUCCAGCGUUUCCACCCAGUCAUUGGACACGUAUCUGAAGGCUACCCCAAGGAUGUCCGAGAUUACUUCAUGAAGUGUCCUGGCAGAGAUGGAAGUUACUUUUUGUUACUUGUUCUCUGUCUCUUCUCUCAGGGAGAUCAGGUGUACAUCUACAAGUCUGAUGCACACUACACGUUGGUAGAGGGCUAUCCCAAACCACUGGAAGAGGAGCUGGGAGUGAAGGGACCAGUGGAUGCUGCCUUCCUGUGUGGGAACUCUCAUGUGGUGCACAUCAUUCAAGGAAAACGUAUGCUUGAUGUUGACAUGUCAGUGACGCCGCGCAAAGUGGUGAAGGAAUGGCCAUUGCACUUCGAUCAUGUGGAUGCAGCAAUGUGUGGACCUGAAGGGAUACGGGUUUUCAUUGGGGAAAUUUACUAUGAAUACAAAAGCCCUAUGAUAAUGGCAACCUCCAGAAUGCAACCAAUCCCCCACAAAACCAGCAAGGAGCUAUUUGGCUGUGAUAAUUAGGGUGCAGAAGCAAGUUAUGUAACGAGAAGCACUGUGCAGCACAAAUACAGUAUUUGUUACACAGCAUCCUUCCUCCACACACACCAGCUUGACGCAUACUUUCAGACAUUUUUAUCAAUAGAUCUUCAGUGUCUCAGAGUAGUAAACAAGCACCACAAAAUACACCAAAAUCUUCCCAAACCCUCCUCUGCCUCACUGACAGCACUACUCUCCUGUUGUCCAGCCAGUUCUUAACUAGCCCCUCUCACCCUUUCUUUGUCCAAUGCCAAGUAGCUAAUCCCUCCCAACCCCCAUGACAUGAUGCAUCAUCCUGCUUUCCCUGGACAGACAACUCUGUAAAGAUAACCCUAUUGUAAACCACUUCACAAACAGGGGCGAAGGAAGGCCCUCCAUUUGAGUCGCACCUCUGUACCACAUUGAACAAACUGAAAAUAAACUUAACUGUUUAAUAAAAUGCUUGCUUCUCAGUGUA